AUGCCCUUAGCUACUCUUGCCCGCGGCCUCGGCCUCAUCCUCUCCGCGAUGGUGAUUGAAGGCUGGCUUGAGCCAGAGCGCGUUGUCGUUGCGUCUGCGGUAUCUGGUAGGUGGCCGGCAGUGUCUGGCUCGAUGAAGCUGCCACUGCUGUCUGCACCAAAACCGCUUCCCUUUGCGCCCGAGGCUCCGAAUCCACCAAAGCCAGCUCUACCUGUCGCAGAGCCUCAACCUCUCGCUGCGGCUGCUCCUCACGCGCACGCUCUUGCUGGGCCUGCUCCCGUUGCUCGUGUUGCUCCCGUUGAGUCUCCGGCUCCCCUUGUCGUUGUUGAUGCCCCUCCGGGCGCUCCUAUCCUCACUGCGCCGCUUGCCUCCGUCGCCCACGCUGCACCGAUUGCUGCCAUUGGUUCGUCACCGCACGCGGUGUCCGCCACCACUGGCGGCCCGGGCCCGGGGGAGGUGGGGGGGGCCGUUGCGCUGUCGGCUCCUGUCCUACCGACUGUGGCGACAUCGGUGCCGCCCCCGGACGUCCAGGCGGUUCCUGAUCCUGCGCCGCUCGCUGCUGCUCCCCCUGCUCAGCGUCAGCCGUCUCCGGGCCGCCGGCAGCAUCGGCCUCACUCCCCUGCGCCACGUGAUGAGCGAGAGACGUCGCGGCGGCGACACGAUUCUCCUCGGCCCCCCGUUCCUCCUCCUCCUACUCCCUCUGCAUCUGCUGCUGCUCAUGGUAACCGUAUGUGCCUGCCGUGGGUUCCUCCCGUGUCGGGUAUGGAGUUCGUGACCGCGGCAGGAGGACUGGUAACGGCGCAGUAUCCAUCUCUACUGCCCGUGGCUCCUGCUCCUCCGGCUGCAACGGUGCCGGUACAGCCGCUGGUGGGGCCAUCUCCUUCAGCCGUGGUGCCGGAGGCGUCUCUGGGGCAGCUAUGGCGCCUCUCUGAGGGUCUGCGGGCUGUGCACCUGAUUCAGGUGUAUGGUCACGCGGCUCUCUCCCAGGGUGUUCCUCUGGACGGUGGCCCUCGGGAAGAGUGCCCGGAUGCCGCUGAUCAGCUGGCCGAGCUCCUGGCGCCCGUGCUGGCUGUGCCCGCGCGGGGUGGAGUUGCGGGCGAUGGACAGCUUGGGACGGCAGUCCAUGGUCUGCGCCGGUUUUUGCGCGCAGGGAGUGCAGUCGACUUGAUCGGCGCAACCACAAUGGUGGUACGCGAGCUUCAUCGCUCUUUGACGGGUCUUCUCGCCGUCCUUGACGCGGAUCAGAUGUAG